GGUGAAAGUCUGCUCGAAGCAAAUAAUCAGACGGAUGAGUCGAGUGUAGUGAGAGUGUCGAGCUAGUCGAAAAAAAAUCAGCUGGCCGGAACUAAAUAUUCAUAUAUUGAGUUAACUUUUUAAGAAUUAUUUUGAAUGUAAAUUUGAGGCUUUAUCGUCGGAAACCACAUCUAUAUAAGUAAGGAAGUAGUGCGGUCGGUAAAGGUUCAACAUGCUGCAGAAGUCAAACGAGGAACAGAAGUUGGUCGCUAUCAGGAAAAUGGCUAAGGGCAUUUUCAGCAUUCGAGCCGAACUCAUUGGAAAAAUCAAUCAGUGGAACACAGACGACGUAGUUCGGUUUUUAAAAGAGAACAACUUAUCAGACUGCUGCAAUUUGAUAUCGAACAGGGCAUUCGACGGCAAAACAUUACUGGAUUCCAAUGACGUCAGUUUAUCAACUCUGAAAAAGGAUAUUGGCAUGAACAAAGUGAGAUUGCUAGCGCAACUAGUAAGUGACUUGAAGAGCACGCCAGAAAAGUAUAUAUCCUCAAUUAAGGGUGAUCGCCAGCAAACUGAAGAUUUUCGAGUGCAAGAUCAAUCAAUGGCCUAUUACUCUCGCGAGCGCUUCCCGGCGCCACCCCAAACUCGAGGACGCAUGAGGUCACCGGAACCAGUGGAUCAGGAGGACGAGCAAGUGGACUAUAUCAAUACUGAGCACCCUGCUUUUGAAAGAGAGCAAGGCGAGGAGUACUACAAUGACGACACUGAGUCCUGGGGUUCGGACUUUGAGGAGCAGGAAGCCGAGUACGGAAACAAUUCGUUUCAUGAUACACAGGAAAGUUACGUCACGAUGAACCCCAUUCAAGAGAAGCCUGGUCCGUUGCCACCUCGAAAACAAGAUAAACCAGAGCUUCCAGCAAGACCACGGCAGGGCAAUAAGAUAUGUUUCGAUCCACUUCCCCUCCCCCCAGACAGGACUGUUAUGGGAGCCAUUCCACCACCAUCAAUGGAUGAGGAGGACGAAGAAGGUUGCUAUUUGGACCCACUCAAUGACACUGAAAUGAACCAAAAACUGCCAAACAACAGGAAAUUGUCCUCCCCUGCCAAUAUGCAAAGUUCUUAUUUGGGAAAUAAGACUGUGGAGCCAGCGCUUCCCCCAAGGCCAAAAAAAUUGAGCCUCCCAGAUAAGAGGUCAGAGAUUCACGAAAUUUCAGAUACUAUGAAACCGGGCUCCAGUUGGACUAGUUCUAAUAAUUCGAAUGAUGAUGAUGAAGACUAUGAGCAACCCUCUGGACAGACACCUGGAAAUCUGCUAAUUAACAGGAGAGCGUUGCCACUUCCUCCAACCGGUAUGGACAAAAUUCCUGAUUCAAAUGAUCCCGGAACAGCGAUAUCGAACGUCUUAAGACUGACAUCUACAAGUGGAAAUGCAUUUGGGACAACACCAAGCAAAUUGCCAGUUUCAAGUUGGAGUACCAAUACCAAACCACCCGUUGCCGCCAUCGAAAAAAUACCACCCAGCAUGAAGGUGCCUACGACUCUCAGUUUGUCUCCAGCAAUGCCCCGGCACAAGAUUCAACAGCUUGGUUCACCCAGCCAGCUACAGCGACCUUUGCCUGAACUGCCGCCACAGAACUCCCCGCCAUCCAUCCCCAGUUCGUUGGCACCCGAUCUGCCGGUCAACGCGGCCAACAGUCUCAAAAAAGCUCCCUGGUUCUUCAGCAUCGAGAGGCUGCAGGCGAUUCAAUUGCUGGAGGAUUGCGGACUUGACGGAUGUUUCCUGAUUCGGAAAUCGUCGCAAAAGGAUGCUGUCUAUACCCUGAGUGUGAUGCACAAGGGAAGAAUUUACCACAUUCCGAUUCGAAAGAGGGCUGACGACUUGUAUGCUUUGGGAAAGCUCAAGGAAAAUGAACAGGCUUUUCCAAGUGUUGAGGGCAUGGUGACUUUUUACAGCAAGGAAAUUCUGAAGUUGUACAGUGGCGGUAAAGCAAGUGGUGAAACUUUACUGAAAAUGUCACCCUCAGCAGAAAGAAUGUAAUAAUCUACUUUUCUCUUGUCGAUUGUGUCAAUUAUAUUUUUUAAUAUUAGAAAGAAAUAUCAAGAAACCAAAUUUUUUUACUUAGACGAUCAAACAUUGCCCAGAUUUUCUAAUUUCAAAUUAUUUGUACACAUUUAAUUUUUGUACUGAUCUGACACCUUAGCAUUUAAUUGUGGAAUAAGAUGCCAUUUUAAAUAUUACAUUAUUUUUAAGAAAUACUAUAGCUUCAGACUUUGCUUUUACUUAAGUUUAUAAAUUAUUGAUCUCUGCAUUAAAUAAAGAUUUCAAGUGUGAUCUUCAUUC